AUGGCUCACGUAUCGCAGAACGCGCUCUUAGCGGGUAUUUCACUGGCUUGGCGGACAGCUAGCGAAGUCUCGAAACUUCUAAAGUUGCGAGGCGAGAUAUCCAAGGAGUACAUUUCAUCGAUCUCGGCAAAAGUCGGACCGUUCGUUUCCGAGAUAAAGAACAAGUAUACAAGAAGGGUGACCGCCAUCACGCCGCCAAAGAUCAUGUAUGUCUCGGGUCCCAGGUUCAAAGCAUCUGUGGUUGCUGCUGGCCAACAUGCGGCGGAGGCUCGAUUGAUGCUGCCCACGAUUCGCAAUACGGUAGUGUCAGAUCACUAG